AUGGCACAAGGGCGCAACGUGCUGUUUGGCCUCCGCUUCCGGCGCUCGCAGCGCAGUUGGUGCAGCGGCGCUUCGCGUGGCUCGCCGGUGGUAGGCUUGUAUGAUGGAUCGGGUCGCCAAGGUUUGGUCUAUGCGCGACCGGUUGGGGCGGAAAAUAACACUGGCUUGCGCACCAACCCUCGAUCGCCACGCUACCAAACGCACCUCACUGCCUCUCUGCUGCACAGCGCCACCAGCCAAAAGGAAAAAAGGGAUCCGCAGCUUGGCGCUGCAGUGUGCUUCAGACAAGCUGUGCUCGCUGCUCUCUCCGACGUCGUCACCGUCAGCCCCAACCCUAGCAACGACGCCAGCUCCAACGCAUUCCCGCGUCACGCUCGUCAUCCUUCCUACGAUCCCGAAUCGUCCUACAGCGGCUUACAGCCUCUGCGCACCUCCGAGCCUCCCACUAUGGUCCCAGCCAAGAGCCCCUUUGAAGACCGCAGCCUUCCACCGCUCCCGCCUUCAGAGCAGCCUGCAAAGUCAUCUCACACAAUGGCCAGCAAGUUCGCCAACGCCUUUCGCAGGCAGACUCCCGACGAAAAGGCAAAGGCAAAGCGUGCGAAGGACAAGCGCAUGAACGACGAGAUCAACAAGACCACCGCAAGGGCCAGCCGCAUGGACAUCAUUGAUCGUCUCGAUCUCUCGGGCAUCAAUGGAUCCAGCAUGUUCCACCACGACUCGCCCUACGACGCAUGCGCUCCCCACAUGAACUCGGGCAAACGCGCUCCCGUCGGCGCUUUCGACCCCAACAUUGACCCAAUGACUGGUCUUCCACGCAACGUCGCAGGCGCAAAGAAGGGCGCCCGCGCCACCGCUUACGACAGCCCCGACAACGAGAAGGGUGCCAUCCGCCCGGGCGUAAGUGCCAAUGGCAGCCGUCGUCGCAGCGCCACCGCGCCACUCGUCCCUUCCCUCUCUAUGCAUGAUCACGCUUCCGCCACAGAGCUUCCUCUGGACGAAGAGGUAGACGCAGACCGAGACGCCGAAGCCGAACGCGUCUGGCGAAGUCGCCAAGGCUACCACACCCAGCCGUCCAACGUCCCUGAGAGCCGCUACGACGUUUCGAAUCCCAAUGCAGACGUUUGGGGCGUCAGUGCAGAGCCGUGGCAGGAUUUCGCCCAACCAAAGGCGCGCGUCCGUUCCCACCUCAGCCCCUACUCGACCAACCUUGGCGAACGCAGCGGCACCACCAGUGCAGCAAGCAGUGUCCUCGACAUGGAAGCCAUCAUGACCGGCCAGAAGAAGUCCACCCGUGGCCAGGACGAGCUCGCAGCAGGCAGCGCCAGUCCCUUCCCGGAACCCAACUACGACGACAGGCUUUCCGCAGCUGGUACCUCGUCCGAUGCACCCAAGCGCAACAAGAGCCUCAUCAAGCGCAUUCGCAGCAUGCGCGAGAAUCCCAACGUGCCUCCACCUGACGAAGGAGGUGUCGAGAUGGGCUCGGUUCGCGACCGCCGUCGACGAGCAGCACAGCACAAACACUCGCCCAGCACUCCACCCCUCCGAUCUGACUAUGCCGCCGCUGCCGAUGCCGCCGUCGGCGCCUCCGUCAACAGUGGCAGCUACGGCCGUCGAACCGGUCGAACGGCCGCCACUCCCAGCGAGAGGGACGUCCUCACACCACGAGCCAACCGCGAUGACGACGCAUCCUACUUUGAUCGAUCACAGGAUUCUCGAACCGGUCGUUCUCCAGCCAAAGAAAGUGGCUUGACGAGAAACGGCAGUCUCUUUAACAAGUUGAGGCGCGGUGGAAAGUCUUCUCCCAAGGGCACCGAGCGUCAGACUGCUUACGCCUAA